GCUCACUCUCUGCUCCCAUCUAUUCUUACACCAGAGCUACAGAGCAUGCGGAGGAUGCGUUGCAACACCAUCAGACAACUCUAACAGAUUUUUGGGAUAUUGUCUAUAAUUAAUAUCACUAAAGGACAUAACGACAUAGCACAUUUAGGAAAACAGCUGAGAGACAAUGCCAGAGGAGAAAGUGUUUCAGCAGCAGGCUGUCCACAGCCCUCUGGAGCAGCAGAAGCAGAAGCAAGGAGGAGGAGGAGGAGGCGGGGGGGGAGGAGGAGGGGGACCUAUCCCCUGUCAGAACUGUGGGAAGCCAUGCAAAGGGGAGGCACUGCGGGUCCAGAACAAACACUUCCACAUCAAGUGCUUCGUCUGUAAAGUAUGUGGUUGUGAACUGGCCCAGGGAGGCUUCUUCGUGCGGCAGGGUGAAUACAUCUGUACUCUGGAUUACCAGCGACUGUACGGGACCCGCUGCUUCAGCUGCCAGGACUUCAUUGAGGGGGAGGUGGUGUCCGCCCUGGGAAAGACCUACCACCCCCGCUGCUUUGUCUGUGCCUCCUGCAAACAGCCAUUCCCAGCUGGCGACCGAGUGACAUUUAAUGGGAAGGAGUGUAUUUGCCAAAAGUGUACCCAGCCCCUCCCUGCCAACAGCCCUGCACCCAUACAGGCUGUCCACAACUGCUGCGGCUGUGGGAAGGAAUUUAAGAAUGAACAGUCUCUGGUAGCACUGGACAAGCACUGGCACCUGGGCUGCUUCAAAUGUAAAGUCUGCAACAAGGUGCUCAAUGCGGAGUACAUCAGCAAGGAUGGAAUCCCCUACUGUGAGAUGGACUACCACGCCAUGUUUGGUAUCCAGUGCGAGAGCUGCAAGAAGUAUAUUACCGGAAAAGUCCUGGAGGCCGGAGAGAAACACUACCAUCCCACAUGUGCCCGCUGUGCCCGCUGUGAGCAGAUGUUUGCAGAGGGAGAAGAAAUGUACCUGCAAGGAUCUUCUAUCUGGCAUCCUCCAUGCAGACAAGCUGCCAAACAGGAGGAGAAGAGCAAGAAGCAGGUUCGGAUACAGCUCAAUGAUGUCCCUGAGCAACAGGUGACCCGGACUUCAUCUGAGAGCAUUACUUCAGUGCCAGCAUCCAGCGCCUCGGGCUCUCCAAGCAGAGUCAUCUAUGCUAAACUAGGAGAGGAGAUGCUGGACUACAAGGACCUUGCAGCCCUUCCAAAGACCAAGGCCAUCUAUAACAUAGACAGGCCUGACAUGCUGUCCUACUCUCCAUACGUCAGCUACCCAUCUGAGGAGAGGCACUAUGGAGAGUCCCCCCAGCUUAUUUCUCCUACUCCCACUGAGGGCGAUGGGGAGAAGUCACCCCGCCAGUGGAGGCCCUCCAGCCCAAGCUCCAACAGCUCCCUAGGGGGCUAUGGACGUUACACCCCAUGCCGUUCUCCCCAGAAUUACAGCCGACCAGGGCCAGAGGUAUACCUUGGUGGUAGACACAGCAGCCAGGCCCGCGACUCCAGUUCUUUCCCUUUGCCUUUAACUCUCAUGGGUGCCAAUAAGUACCCCUCCACCUGGGCCAGGGACUCAUCGUCCCCUGUGUACUGCUCUUCUGGGGCUGAAGGGAGUGGUGGUGGUGGUAGUGGCAAGUACUCGCCCACCCCAGUAGGUGGCAGUGCAGGCUUGUCUUAUCAACUAAACCCCACCACCCUGGCCAUGCUGCAGCAGCACAACUACAUCCCUUACUUCAGAGGUAGUGAAAGUGGUCGGAGUACCCCCAGCUUAUCCACCUAUUCUGAUGGCAAAUCUCCUUCCUCUACUUCUACGUACGUGGCUGCUCCCCGCCAUUUCCAUGUACCAGAGACUCUGGUCAAAGAUAAUAUCUAUAGAAAACCUCCCAUCUACAAACAGCAUGCUUCUAGAACUUCCUGGCAGGAUGGGGAGGAUAGCAAGAGGACCAGUUGGAUGAUCUUAAAGAGUGAGAUUGAUGGACAGGUUGGUCCAGAAGACCUGGACCCCCGCAAAUCCACCUGCAGUCUUCCCACUGACACCUCCCAGCCCAAUUUCCCCUACAAUAAGUCUGCAUCCUUACCUGGCUAUGGAAGGAAUGGCAUCUACAAGGCUGCUGAGAUGGUGGAGGAUGAAAUGGACCCAGACUCCCAGAGCUGGGGAGGCAUGAGAGAAUACAAGAUCUACCCUUAUGAACUCCUGGCAGUGACGCAUAGAGUGAAAGUGAAGCUUCCCAGAGAAGUGGAUCGCACCAGACUGGAGAGACACCUAUCUCCUGAGGACUUCCAGCAGGUGUUUGGCAUGACCCUGGAGCAGUUUGACCGCCUGGCCCUCUGGAAAAAGAAUGAACUGAAGAAGAAGGCUCGCCUUUUUUAGACACAAAAAAAAAGCAUCUCAGUAAGCAUCCGACCUGUCUGGGAGGAAGCAGAAAAUAAAAACCAAUUCAUUUAAAAUAUCUAUAUAUAUGCACCACCAUGAUAACCCCACUUUCCACCUGUAAAACGCCAUGCCAUCUGCCUGUGAUGCCACGGAGAGGCGCUCCGUGCAGGAACAUUUUCACGAUGUUUAGGCAGCAUCUAAAGCUUUUUGUAUGCAAUGUGGUCCGAAUGUUUGACUGACACCUUGCAGAAGAGGAUGAGGAGCUACGUUUGCAUGGCCUGUGUUGAUGCUCCUCGCCUUUCAUGUGGUUUCUGCAUCCUCUCCCACCCAUCUUGACGCUUUCAUACACCCUGGCAAAAUAGUUGCUUACUAAUUACAAAUUCUCAUGCAGACCUUCCCCCUGGUUUUUAUGCUUCUGACUGUUUUAUGUGCGCCUUCCUCUACUCUGUUAAUCUUGGCUUAUCCCACCUUACCUGUUUUGUUUCCAUGAUUUGAUCAAUCUUUACGUAUCAUCUUUUUUCUGCUCACCCCUUUCUCGCUUGCUGUCUCUCCAUCAUUUUGAGUUUUCUUUCUAAGUGACUGUUACAUUGUCAAGUCAGUUCAUAUUGACAAUCCUGCCAUUACUCAAGGACAGUGAAGAAACUGCAGGCUUGUACACACUUAACGUUCACCCAUGUCAAGGCCAAAGAUAGGGAUAAGAAACUACUCCAGCUCUGAUCUGUUUUGUUUGGUUUUUUUUUCUUUUUUUUUCAAAAACUGUCAAAGAGCACCUUACACUUUUGUUUUCAAUUUUCCUUUAUGAUCUUUUCUGUCAGAGAAGUUAAGAAAGACUGGUUUGGUAGUUUCGAUAUGCAGUCUCAUAUCUUACGCAAGCAUCUCAUAAAUCAGCACAGGUAGGAGAGCCAGGACUGGAUAGGGGCCACGUCAUGGCAGUGAAUCACAGAUGGAGGGGAUAAGGAGGGUCCCUGCACAAAACAUACAGUACAGUUUUAGGGUUUCAGGGUGUGCAAAGGUGUCAAACAUGCCGGAUUGCCAGAGUGACAUGCACUCACAUCAAACAGCAAAUGAAAUUAUUUUUAUAAGCUAUUUUUGACUUCUGGAAAGUCUCAUUAAACCCAUCACGAGGCACAGCUGACAGAAAUCAUGAUUUUGCUACCAGAAAGAAAGCCCAUGCUCACUUUGUUUAUUUUCACAGACCUGCAGCAGCAUUUAAGCAUAACAAGUGGGGUCUUGCUUGAUUUAAAACUCAAUACUCAAGCUGUGUUAGAUCUUCUCAGAUAGAGAUUUAACUCUUUAUAUAUUUGUUGUUUGAAAGCAUUGUUGCAUACAGUAAAAGCUCCACUCAAGCUGAAGUCCAUCAGCUUUGCUUGAUGAUUCCUGGACUGUAAAUCGAUCAGCUCACCAACCCACAUACUGCAGGAUGUAUGUGAGCAUAUACUGGACAUAUACCAGAUAUAUUUGUUUGUGUACAAGCCAUGGUGUAUCACUCUUCAGGCAUGCAUGAGGAUGGGAAAAUGGGGUUUGUCCACUGACCUCAGAUUAGAAAUGUAUGAAAACGUUAUCGUUAUCAAUGUGGUUUGAGUGAUUGAUUAUUUAGUGGUUAAUCUGAAUCUAGUGAGAUGCCUGGGUCAGCUGCUUACAUUAACCUGUGUUAGAUAUUUAUUUAAUUGCAUUAAGGAAGGGAUUUUAUUUUGAAAUCUUCAGAGUGUAUUGUCCAAUGAAUAGCAUCACAGAGAAGAGAGCUUUUGAAGAGGAACAUAUCAAAUUUUAAGUUUAAUCUGAGUGUCAGAUCAGUUUUGCUCCUGUGAGUAACACACUAACUGUUGUCAUAAAGCAUCAUGUCCUCUUUCUAAUACUCAUCUGCUAUUAAAGUGCUUUAUCCAAACUACAGAGUCACUAUGGGUUGGAGUGCUUGAGUUUGUUACAUGAAUGUCAAAAAUCUAUUGAUUAUGAAAUGACAAUACAUUCAAGUAAACUGUAAAGGCAUGUGGAUUUUUUUUCUCUUUUUUUUUCAUUUCAGGUAAUUAAAAAACAAGUUAACAUGACACAACAAUGCAAAUUACAAAAUGUAUGUAAAUAUGGACCCCUACCCCCCAGCCCCCUCCCUCCAAGGCUCAAGAGAGAAAAAUAAAAUACAAUAAGAAAAACAAAAUAAAGCAAAAAACAAAAA